AUGGGUAACCAACCGAGUACACCCAAGAUAACCGAGCAAGAUCGAGCUAUAUUUCAACUCAAACAACAACGUGACAAAAUAAAACAACACCAACGAAAACUAACCAUCAUCUGUAAUAAGCAAACCGCAUUGGCCAAAAAGGCAAUAGCUAACAAUCAGCCACAACGAGCUAAAUUCUACCUACGAUGUAAGAAGAAUCAAGAAUCCACAAUAAACAAGACAUUUGAACAGUUGGAUAAUCUAGAAAAGUUAAUUGGUACCAUUGAAUUUAAGUUGAUUGAAAAAGAUGUAAUGUAUGGGUUACAACAAGGAAAUCAAGUAUUGAAGCAGUUAAAUAAUGAGAUGAAUGUUGAGAAAAUUGAUAAGAUAAUGGAUGAUCUAGAAGAAGAGAAAUUGAAGGAGGAAGAAAUUAGUCAAACUUUGGGGUUGGGAUCAGGGUUGAGUCGCGUUGAUGAAGAUGCAAUCGAGCAAGAGUUUGCCAAGUUGGAUCGAGAGAUACAUAAGGAGAGUGACAAGACGAAGAAAGAAGAUGUUGCAUUACCGGAUGCACCAACUGAUCGUAUAUUGCCUGAAGUACCAACAACUUUAGAAGAUCAAAAAGAAGAUAAAAAGAAAGUAUCGGAGCAAAGAGUGAACGAACCAAUUGCAUCGUGA